AUGUUAAAUGAAUUCAAAGUUUUUGGCGACCCAGAGUUUAUUUUCAAAUUAACUAAUGAUGUAAAAAUUAAAAUGGCUCUAGAUAUUUUAACUCAUGUGGAGGGUAAAAUAAUACCAUCAAAAGAAAGUUAUAAUCCAGACCCAGACACAAUCCCAUUUUCAAAAUUUCCUCUUCACUCUGUGACACCACUACAAGCUAUCUUAAUCCUCACCUUAGCAGGGCAUGUAGACGUAAGUGUUUUGUAA